GCAGGGGCAGUGUGUGAGUACCCGGAUGAAAAAUCAGACGCUUCUCUGUGCGUCAAAAGCAUGGAUGUACUAAAGGAGCAAGACGUUCAAAAGUAUUGGGAGGAGGGAUACCUCGUCCUCGAGGGCCUUCUCACACCAGCGGAAUGUGACGCGCUCCGUCAAAGGAUGAGCGAGAUUAUAGAACGGAUGGACGUUCCAGAACACUGCCGGAUUCAGUUUUCCACCGACCACGACGAGCAGUUGAAGACGCAGGGCAAUGCAGACUAUUUUAUUACAAGUGGGGACAAGAUCCGCUUCUUUUUUGAGAAGGGAGUUUUUGAUGAAAAAGGUGAUUUCGUUGUGCCAAGAGAACGUUCGCUCAACAAAGUAGGACAUGCUCUCCAUGCCCAUGAGCCUCUGUAUAAAGCCAUUACUCAUUCACCCAAAGUCCAGAGUAUAGCAAAGAAGCUGGACCUUAUUAAUCCUGUGAUCCUUCAGAGCAUGUACAUAUUCAAGCAACCUGACAUUGGCGGAGAGGUAACCCCUCACCAGGAUGCGACUUUCCUGUAUACUGAGCCCUUGGGGAGAGUGAUGGGUGUAUGGAUUGCUCUAGAGGACGCCACACUGGACAAUGGCUGCCUGUGGUUCAUCCCAGGCUCACACAAGAGUGGAAUCACCAGACGGAUGGUCCGUACUCCCAAGGGCACCUUCCCGCUCACUGACUUUGUGGGCAGAGAGCAAAAUUACGACGAGAAACUUUUCAUACCUGCCCCUGUCAAAAAAGGUGGAGCAGUUCUGAUUCAUGGUGAAGUGGUCCACCGCAGUGCUGAAAACACAUCUGCCUCCUCACGUCACGUCUACACAUUUCACAUCAUGGAGUCUCACAACACAUGCUGGAGCCCUGAGAACUGGCUUCAGCCAACAGAGCAGCUGCCCUUUCCUUGCCUGUACACCUAAAAGAUCUGGAUCAGAACCCAACAACUUAAACAACUAACCCAGCUGAACACAAACAUUAGCCCAACAACUAAAGGGUGUCUUCAUCAAGCUCUAACUUUUGAUUUUUUUAAUAUGAAACCCUUGCCCAUCAAGGAGACGUUUUAGCUGACACAUAUGAAAUGAAUGAGUUCAGAGUUAAAAAAAAGAAAAAACUCAUUGACCAAACAUGUGGACCAAAAACAAAAACAAACCAAAACCUCCUGACCUGGUCCUGCGAUCAUUUGUUGCAUGCAUGCUUCCCUAAGACACUACAGUAGUAAUAAAACUACAAAAAUUGUUUUGAAGACUCUGUUUUCCUCUGAUUUGUUUACAUCAACCUGGGAUAUCAAUUAUUGUAUGCAUGCUUUCGUCAAUCACUUAUUGUAUGCAUGCUUCCCUAAGACACUACAGUAGUAAUAAAACUACAAAAAUUGUUUUGAA